AUGAGUAAUAUACUCGCUCGCGAUUCGACGCCAACGGAACAUUAUAGACCGAUCAACAGCGCAAGAAUCCCAGAUACGACGAGAAGCCCGUCUGUGAAAGUAGCAAUCGGGCUACCCACCUCGUACGGAGUGGGAGAAGAAACCAAGAAGAAGCCCACAACAUAUCAAGUUUAUGGCAAGCCAUGCAUUGAUCGACUAUCAUUUUUUGUGGACAACAUGGCUAGGGUUUUAUUGAAGAGCAGGAAACAGACAACAAGAGGUCCGAGAUGA